AUGUCUGUUAAUAGCAGUAGGUUUUCGACGCCCGAAGCGAGUAGCAAAUUUGUGGUUCCCGGUGAUCGGCUCUUCCCAAUUAGCGAAGACCUGAAAGCUGGCACUGGCACUUAUGAAUUGUACGGCUAUAUACAUGCUUCGCUUGCCGGAAAGCUUCAUAUGUAUACGAGUAAUGAUCAUGGCAAGGAAAUCAAAGUGGUAGAAGUGCGAAGGGAAUCCGAAAAAGACAAGAGUCAUGUUAUGCCAUAUAUCGGAUGUAUUGUUACAGCUAAGGUGCAAAAUAUUGGUCAACGAUUUGCGAAAUGUUCAAUACACUGUGUGGAAAAUUCUACUCUCUCAAAUGAGUUCAGUGGAAUCCUGAGGAAGGAGGAUAUAAUGCCUGUUGAAAAAGAAAAAAUCAAGUUGCAUCAGUGUGUUCAUCCCGGUGAUGUUAUUUUGGCGCGUGUCAUUGGUUUUGGCGAAAAUCUUAGUUCGUAUUUGCUGAGUACAUCCGAAGAUGAAUUGGGCGUUGUAAGUGGUAUCGGUGAUUUGGGCGAAAAAUUAACGCCAUGCUCACAGAACGAAGUGAAAUCAGUCGUUACGGGUAUGCGUGAACCACGAAAAGUUGCCCAAAUAGCCGAUUUGAAUCGAUAA